CACACCAACAAAUUAAAUUAAACAUCAUUACCUCUUAGCUUUCUCCCAAUUAAGUCAUGAUGAAAGCCCUCUUACUCUUCUUCGCUCUUUCCCUCUAUCUCCUCCCCAACCCAGCUCAUUCCACCUUCAAUCCCAUCCGCCUCCCCACCACACACGAAGCCGCCGCCUCGUCUGAAACUCCGGUGCUAGACGCCAACGGCGACGCGGUCGUCGCCGGCGGGAACUACUACAUGGUCUCCGCCGUAUGGGGAGCCGGCGGAGGAGGGCUGAGACUCGCCCGGCUGGACAUGAUGAGCAAAUGCGCCAGCGACGUGAUCGUAUCCCCGAGCGACUUAGACAACGGCGACCCCAUCACCAUCACGCCGGCGGCGGCGGAAGCCACCGUCGUCAUGCCGUCGACGUACCAGACCUUCCGGUUCAACGUCGCCACCAACAAGCUCUGCGUAAACAACGUGAACUGGGGGAUCCAGCACGACGGCGCGUCCGGGCAGUAUUUCUUGAAAGCCGGCGAGUUUGUCUCCGACAAUAGCAACCAGUUCAAGAUUGAGGUGGUGGAUGCCAACCUUAACUUCUACAAACUCACUUACUGUCAGUUCGGCUCCGACAAAUGCUACAACGUCGGCAGAUACCACGACCCCUUGUUGAGGACCACGCGUUUGGCUCUCGCCAAUUCUCCCUUCGUUUUUGUCAUCAAACCUACUGAUGUGUAACCGUGAAAAAAGCGCCGG